GCAGUGAAGAUUUGGCCGCGGUGAAGUGAGGCUGUGUGCGGGAGUGCUCUGGAUAAAACGCCAUGUGAUCCCUACGACGCUUUCUUGUCCCCAACCGUUUCGAGGACGGAAUCAUACUCUCGUUAUAUAGUAUGACGAAGAAAUGUUGUGACGUCGACGGUUCUUGCGAAUGAGGUAAAAAGGAAAAAAAGAGAGAGCCGUUUGCGGAUGAAUUUUAGUAUUAUAAUAUUUUUCAUUUCGAAUAAAUGUUUCCCGCUACCAUACUAGUGGCAGCACCGACGGCAGUGAGAGAGAAAGAAGCAAUCUCGCUUUCGACAGCUCGAGAGUUUUCACCCAAUGUUCUGGCGAAAGGUUUUGAAAAAUUGUGUGAAAUAUGAAUAACGAAAAUAAUUCACGUUUAUGAAUAUGACACUAAUGAGGAAUGACAUUAGUUUGUGGUCGGAUAAAUAGAUAUCUCAGGCUUUAGUUACGAAUGAACAGUUAUACUUUAUGCAGAAUUUACGUGAAAGAUAUGAUGUACGUAUGAACAGACUUUGAAAGGUGAGGAGAAUAGACUUAUGCAUAAGACGAAACGAAUGAAGCCAUUCUUCGAAAUAGACUGUAAGAUAUUCCAACCACUAUUUCGAUUGGAGAAGUUGGUUUAACGCCUUGUUACACACACCAGCAACUAUGGUGUCCUCUCGGCUCGUCGUUAGAGGAGGCAGAGAGAAAAGGAAAAAACCACUAGACUAAGAAUUUAGAAAAUAGAUCAAUUUCAAAAAAAAUUCGUGGCGCCAUCUCAAAGAAAAAUGGGAGAAGUGGAUGAUAGAAAACGGGAGAAAGAUUGUAGAUGAAUUGUAAUUCUACGUUUGAUAAUCUUGUUAUUAGGUAAAUGGCCUGUAGGCGUUUAAGUUCGUAUAAUAUAGAAAAAAAAGACACUGUAGAACUUAUCUAGAGGAAGAUGUGAUCUUCCUGUUUAGGAUUAAGGAAUCACAUUAAAAGAAACGAAGGCGAGGAAGAUGUGAUCUUCCUUCCCGAGGACAUGACGCCAUGCCUCGAGGAUUUCUGGACAAGCACCUUCACCGAAGGGGGCCCGCCGGCUCCACCGACUCCUCGACCGCGCCCUCCUCCUCCUCCUCCACCUCCCAGCCUCCACGCCAGCAGGAGACGCCCACGACCACGACGUCAUCCCCCACCUCCAGGAAAGGCUCCUGGAGGUACGUGGAAGAAACCUAUGGGACUGAGAGCGACCUGGCAGACGACUCCCCCUCCCACACCCGCGGGGGCGCCUACUCCUCUGGCAAGAAGGGCCACGGGAACAGUGCCAAGCCUGGGAACGCCUCGCGAGGCUCCAUUAUUCCCGAGGACGACCUCCAGGAGCUCUUGCAUCGUAACUCCAAGUCAGUGGGCGGCGUGCUGGUCCUUUUAGUGGGCGUGGUCGUCGGGUCAUGGGUGUUGGGGGCGUGUGGCGCUUCGUGGGCGUGGCUCUUGGUGGCUGUAGGGCUGACGUGGGGUCUGGUCAGAGGUAAUUUGGAGAGCAUCGCCGAACAGGCCACAAGGCACGAGUCCCUCCGCCUGCACCGCCGACGCGCCCUUCAGGCGGACGAGACCUGUGAGUGGCUGAACCUGGUCAUCAACAGGUGGUGGGUCUUCUCCUCGGCGUCCAUCUUCACCCGCCUCAAGUCCCUGCUUGACCCGAAGCUGAACGAUGCCAAACCGGCCUUCUUAGAAACCAUCAGCCUUAAACAGCUAACCUUAGGCGACAGGACUCCUAUGUUACGGACCGUCCGUGCCUGGGAUGUCACCAACCCGGCAGGCGGCGAGGGCGUGGGCGGAGGUGGGCGUGGCAUCUUCGACAUCCGCCCACCUCCUGGACUCUCGCACUCCCCUACCCACACGCUCGCCCUUCUAUGCGAUUUGGCACUCGAUUCCGAUAACUUUUCGGCCGUGUUGGCCGCCAGGAUCGGAGGAAAAGGGGUCGGGGUCGACCUCGACGUGGCCGUGGAGAAACUGGCGGUGCUUGGGAGGGUCGUCUUGACGCUCACCCUCAACAUGGAGGCGCCCUUCCCCCACCUCACCCGCAUCGCCUUGUCCUUCACGGACAAGCCUCAAGUCUGGUUCAGCGUCAGGAUACUGAAGGCCGUUCAGAUGAUGGAGGUGCCCGUUCUGAAAACGUGGCUCCAUUCCCUGGUGACGGACGCCCUGGCCACAGCCUGGGUCGACCCAGGUCAGUUGGAGUUCAACAUCCACUCUCCAGAGGCCUUCGUUCCAGAGCAGAGGUCUGGGGACGCCCUGGCCCAGGGGGUUCUCACCGUCAUCAUGUGGACGCAGAGGGGGGUUUCCAGUGGAGGCCAGGACGACGAUAAGUGGGUGGUGGUGGUGAUUGGAGGUCAGCAGCACGUGACGACUCCGAUCGCCAGCCACAGGUGGCAGGAGGCCUGCAGCUUCCUGGUGGACUCCUCCCCCAGUACCCAGACGCUGGUGGUCAAGGUCAAGACGAAGAGGCUGAUCACGACGACCCUCACCCAAUACGAGUUACCUCUCAGUCAGUACAACCUCGAUACUUGUAGAGUAGUUGAGACGAUCCUGCAGAAGAAGGGGGUGAAGGUGAUGGGGGGCAGCGUGCCCAUGCUCCACCUGCGCCUACAGUACACUCCCCUCACGCCAGUCAAUUUGGAGGCGCCCCUCCCACCUUCUCCUACAGAUACAAAAGAGUGUGCUGGUGUAUUGUACAUUGUAAUCCAUGGUGCAGACAACAUUGGUGCCUCCGAGUGUGCGCCUAGUCCCUAUUGUCUAGUCUUUAAUAACCGCCGGAAGAUCAAGACGACGCAUUACGUGAGCGAGUGUGCGUCUCCGCGGUGGGAAUGCGGCGUCGAACUCUUAGUGACAGACGUCAGUGCUGUCACUCUGUCAGUUGCCGUCUGUUCCAUGCCCAGGGCAGCUCAGGACACAGAGCUGUUGGGCCUGGCCUCCCUCUCGUUAGCCACUGUGGAAUUACCCCUGUUACGUCAACAGUUGGCCCUUACCCGAAGUCUUCCAACCCCUGGGGGAGCGGCCGGGUCUUCCCCAUCCCAGCCUGGGACAGUUACAGUCACACUCGUGUUUCGUGCAGUGCCUUCAGUAGCCGGUUGCAACGUGACCUCCUGUGACCUGUCGGAGGGCAAAGGUCCCACGGCUCUGACUUCCUUCAGCCACGUGCCGCCCCCUCUGUCGGUCGGGUCCUCCAUGUCUGCCCAGCGCAGGACGUCUAUCACGGGCAUUGACGAAGACGACAACCUGAGCAGAAGGAAGAUGAACUCUCACUGGAUCAAUCAGGCAAAACAAUUGCUAAGUACGACGCGCGACGGAGAGUUUGGGAUGCAAGAUAUUGGGGACAUCAUUGCCUCCGGCCUUGGACUUAUCGAGUUGACAAUCAUAAGGGCCCGUGACCUUGUUGCUAAGGAUCUGAACGGCUUCAGUGACCCUUACUGCGUGGUGAAGGUCAACGGCGAAGUCAAGUACAGAACCAGGGUCAUGAAGAAGACCUUGAACCCCGAGUGGGAGGAGACGCUCAUCACUCAUUUGCCCAAACCUCCUGAUGCCUUAGCCAUUACCUUGUGGGACCACGAUGCCUUUGGUAGAGACUUCUUGGGAUCAGUGUCCCUUCAGGAGAUGGAAGUGAGACAAAUGUCCCAAGCAGAUGGGCCCAUCUGGAAAGCCCUGGAGGGCACCAAGUCAGGUCAGCUCGAAAUCAGGGUCAAGGUCAUAUCGGAUGAUUACGAGCAUCAAAUCAUAGCAGCUCGAACGGCAUCAGCCUCCCUCACUUCGGGCAUGAUUUUGGAAGGAGCCAAGUGCGAUCCCGCGAGCGAUGCUUGUCACAUAGAGGAGCAUGCUGGCACCUCUUCUGGGGAAGAUUCCGGAAUCAUCUUGCCUCAGCCAUCCCCUCUGAGAGAGCACGAAGAGGAGAGACCACCCAGAGUUCCCGCUCACAGCAUGUCCUACACGUCAAGUGGCGGUCUGCCCGACGCGCAAGAGGAGAUGGACAGCUGCCGAAGAUCGAGCGAAUCCGCCCUCCCGUACAACCAAGACUCGCCUUCCAUCGAUAACGACUCCUCCUCCUACAGUAGUUCCAUAAACCAGCCGUGUAGCGGCGGCAGCCCCACGCACAACUCCAAGUCGCGCAAAACCGGUGCCAAAAUCAUCGCGAGUGCCUUGGCCAUGGCGAGGUCCUCCAAGGGCCGCGGAGACGCGGCCCAAAGCGAUUGCUCCAACGCCUCUAGUCCCAGCAUCAGCCACCAGGGCUCGAUCACCAGCACCCACCAGAGCAAACCCCUUCCCAAGAUCAGCUUGCCCGAGCACAGCGAGGAUGACUACGGGGGCGGCGGCAACAGCAGCCCCGAGCACGCGCCCAAGAGUAAGAAAUCUGACGGAGGCCUCCGGGCGGUGAAGGAGAAGAUGCGACGUGGUUUUGCCCAUCCUCUGCGACGUUUCCGUUCCGAGGCCAGUGUUCGAGACGCCCCUACCCUCUCCCCUGAAGUCCAGUCGUGCGAAAGCCCUGAACCUCACGUAGAGCUGACCUUAUCUGGCAUUAGCACGGGUAUGAGGUUGGGGGUUGGUGGGGGUGAAGGAGAUGCCAGCGAACUCCUGGAUGCCACCCUCAGCCAUGCCAAGUCACAACCCAACUUGCUUCUUCUGCCAUGCAACAAUAACAGAUCUACGGCGUCUACGAAAUUAAGUGGGGAGAGUGGGCACGUCCAUAGAGUGGAUGUGUUCAUGAAUGUCAGGGGAGUGGCUGGACGUGUUCAAGGGCUGCACAUACCACGGUCAGGCCUCCAGCUCUUCCUCAGGGUUCGAAUUAGUGAUGAAAAGCACAGCAGCAGUGGAAACUCUAGUCGUAGUACCAAAACAGUUGGACGAUCCCGCCUUGUACCUGCGUCUCCAUCUCCUACCUUUGAGUGUGAGUGGGUGGUCGAGGGUGAAGUUUCCAGGAGAGCUACUCUUGUUCUUGAAGUCAGGACUGGGUCAAGAGAACUUCUGAAUUCAGCAAAUAUUGUCCUUGGAGACCUUUUCACAGAGCCUGGCACAGAAGGCAGCAUAGAAACCUGGGUCAAUCUUCAAGGAGGAGCAACCCUUCAUCUGCGAGCAAACCAUGGGGGCACUGCCCCAGCUUCCACAAGACGCAGGUCCCUCUUCAGGUCUUGGUCCUUGCACAGACUUGGUAGGAUCUAA